UCAUUCUGAAGAACUUUUGCAAAGAAGAACAGCUGAUGAUGCAGAAAAAGCUUUGGAACAUAUAAAUGAGGCAUUGGCGAUAACUUAGUACUCUGAAAAAUUGCUUGAAAUGAAAGCAGAGGCUCUUUUUAUGCUAUGUAGAUAUGAGGAAGUGAUUCAGCUGUGUGAGGAAACCUUUGGUUCUGCCGAGAAGAAUGCAUAUCCUUUGGAUGCUGAUUGCAUAGUGACAGAUCUGGACAGUGCACAGCUUUCAAAAGGCUUCUAUUUCAGGUUUUGGAGGUGCUCAAUGAUGCUUAAAUCCUACUUUCACCUAGGAAAACUUGAAGAGGGUCUUUCUUUGUUGGAGGAACAAGAGGACAAGGUAUCAGCCAUGAACAAGAGUGGAAGCAAGGUUUUGGAGUCCCUAAUGCCACUAGCUGUAACUGUACGUGAGCUCUUGCAUCAUAAGACUGCAGGGAAUGAAGCAUUUCAGGCAGGAAAAUAUGAGGAAGCUGUCGAACAUUAUACAGCUGCUUUAUCAAGUAAUGUGGAGUCUCGCCCAUUUACAGCUGUCUGCUUUGGUAACCGUGCAGCUGCACAUAAAGCAUUAGGUCAAAUUACUGAUGCCAUAGCAGAUUGCAAUCUGGCCAUAGCUCUUGAUGGAAGAUACUUGAAGGCACUUUCCAGGCGUGCAACUUUAUAUGAGAUGAUCAGAGAUUAUGACCAAGCAGUGAGUGACGUAAGGAGAGUUGUCUCUCUUCUCAUGAAAGAGAAUGGGGAUAACAGCAAUCAGCAUGGCAUAUCUGAUAGAUCUGUCAAAUAUGAUAAUGAUUUGAAACAUAACCAAAUUUGGCUUUCCGAAAUCGAGGAGGAAGCCAAGAAGGGGAUACAUCUUGAUGUAUACCUCAUUUUAUUGUGAUGGCAGAGGAGUUGAACAUUCAGUUUCAUCAUCUGAAAUCAAGAAGGCCUAUCACAAAGCUGCACUAAGACAUCACCCAGACAAG